UGCUGCCUGUGUGAGGAGGGAGGGAGGCCCUGAGGGAAAGAAGCUGCGGUUCGCCCUCCCUUCCCCAGGCAGCGCUACACUCACAUCGGCAGAGAGCUCGCUCGCUCGCCUGCCGCCUCCGCCCUGUCCUCCGGUUCACCCCCCCUUAGGAGCAGACCCCCCCACACUGCGUGUACGGGGCGUCCUGUGCCCCUUCCCGUGGGGUCCGCUGUAUUAGUGCCGCCCCCCAGCGGUUGUAGUUUGGGGGGGGGGCGCAGAGGAGUGUCCGGGGGGGGGGGGUUCGCCGCCUCCUCUCCGGCCCCCUCCCUCGGCCCAGACGCCGCAGUACGAUGUGGUCCGUGCGGCUGCGAGCGGCCCGGCUGCUGCUGCUGCUGCUGCCCGUGCGGCGGCUGCUGCGGGGGGACUGAAGGCAGCGAGCGCGCCUGUGCGUGCGAGGGGGGUCGUGGGGAGGCAGCGGCGAGCCCAGCCCGCGGGUCUCGCCUCAGCGCCCCUCUCGCCUUAUCUGGAAGGACGCGGCUGUUAUGUGAAGACCUUGUGUGGAUAGUAAUGACCGCACGUUUCCGAUUGCCUGCUGGCAGAACCUACAAUGUACGAGCGUCUGAGCUGGCACGAGACAGACAACAUACAGAGGUGGUCUGCAAUAUUCUUCUCCUGGAUAACACUGUACAAGCUUUCAGAGUUAAUAAAAACGAUCAGGGACAAGUUUUGUUGGAUAUAGUGUUCAAACAUCUCGAUUUGACAGAGAGGGAUUACUUUGGUUUACAGCUGGCUGACGAUUCCACUGAUAACCCAAGGUGGCUGGAUCCAAACAAACCAAUCAGGAAACAAUUAAAAAAAAUGCUUUUGUUAAUUCUAGGAGGAUCUCCUUACAGUUUGAACUUUAGAGUCAAAUUUUUUGUAAGUGACCCUAACAAGCUCCAGGAAGAAUAUACAAGGUACCAGUAUUUUCUGCAAAUUAAACAAGACAUUCUUACUGGAAGAUUGCCCUGUCCUUAUAAUACUGCUGCUCUUUUGGCUUCCUACGCUGUUCAGUCCGAAUUGGGAGACUACAACCAUUCAGAAAACUUGCCAGGCUACCUCUCAGACUACUCUUUCAUCCCUAGCCAGCCUCAAGACUUUGAAAAAGAAAUAGCAAAAUUACAUCAUCAGCAUAUAGGCUUGUCUCCUGCAGAAGCUGAGUUCAAUUAUCUCAAUACAGCACGUACCUUAGAACUCUAUGGAGUUGAAUUGCACUAUGCAAGAGAUCAAAGUAACAAUGAAAUUAUGAUUGGAGUGAUGUCAGGAGGAAUAUUAAUUUAUAAGAACAGGGUACGAAUGAACACCUUUCUGUGGUUGAAGAUUGUAAAAAUUUCUUUUAAGUGCAAACAGUUUUUUAUUCAACUUAGGAGAGACUUGCAUGAAUCUAGAGAAAUGUUACUGGGAUUCAAUAUGGUGAAUUACCGAGCAUGUAAGAAUUUGUGGAAAGCUUGUGUUGAGCAUCAUACAUUCUUCCGAUUGGACAGACCACUGCCGCCUCAGAAGAACUUUUUUGCACAUUAUUUUACUUUGGGUUCAAAGUUCCGGUACUGUGGGAGGACAGAGGUCCAGUCUGUGCAGUAUGGUAAAGAAAAAGCAAACAAAGACAGGGUAUUUGCCAGAUCCCCAAGUAAACCCUUGGCACGGAAAUUGAUGAGUGGGAUGGACUGGGAGGUAGUGAGUAGGAAUUCAUUGUCUGAUGACAGGUUAGAAACACAGAGCCUACCAUCACGAUCUCCACCUGGAACCCCAAAUCAUCGCAAUUCUGCAUUUACUCAAGAGGGAGCCCGUUUACGACCAUCUUCAGUUGGACAUUUAGUGGACCAUGUAGUUCACACCUCACCAAGUGAAGUUUUUGCAAAUCACAGAUCUCCAUCCUCCACCCAAGCUAAUAGCAUCAUUCUGGAAUCAUCACCAUCCCAAGAGACCCCUAUAGAUGGGCAGCCUCCUGCACUACCACCCAAACAAUCUAAAAAGAACAGUUGGAACCAAAUUCAUUAUUCACACUCCCAGCAAGAACUGGAUAACCAUAUUAAUGAAACGUUUGAUGUUCCCGCAUCGCCUGAAAAAUCCACACCCAAUGGUGGUGUUCCCCAUGACAAUCUUGUUUUGAUCAGAAUGAAACCAGAUGAAAAUGGAAGAUUUGGCUUCAAUGUAAAGGGAGGAUAUGACCAGAAGAUGCCUGUAAUUGUGUCCAGGGUAGCUCCAGGAACACCAGCUGACCUCUGUGUCCCUCGUUUGAAUGAAGGGGACCAGGUUGUAUUGAUAAAUGGCAGGGAUAUAGCGGAACAUACCCAUGAUCAAGUUGUCAUGUUUAUUAAAGAGAGCUGUGAGAGGCACUCAGGGGAACUUGUGCUCCUAGUACGACCCAAUGCUGUCUAUGAUGUGGUGGAAGAGAAGCUGGAGAGUGAGCCUGACUUCCAGUACAUCCCUGAGAAAUCCCCCCUGGAUGGUGUCCAUCAGGAUGAUGAUGCUCUGCGGGAAUCUAUGAUUCAACUAGCAGAGGGGCUUAUCACUGGAACUAUUCUGGCUCAGUUUGAUCAACUGUAUAGGAAGAAGCCUGGAAUGACAAUGUCUUGUGCCAAAUUACCUCAAAACAUUUCCAAAAAUAGAUAUAGAGACAUUUCGCCUUAUGAUGCUACACGGGUCAUUUUGAAGAGUAAUGAUGACUACAUCAAUGCAAAUUAUAUAAAUAUGGAAAUCUCUUCUUCCAGCAUAAUAAACCAGUACAUUGCUUGUCAGGGUCCAUUACCAAACACUUGUCCUGAUUUUUGGCAGAUGACAUGGGAACAAGGUUCAUCUAUGGUUGUAAUGUUGACCACUCAAGUUGAAAGGGGCAGAGUUAAGUGCCAUCAGUACUGGCCAGAGCCUACAGGAAGCUCAUCAUAUGGAAAUUUCCAGAUUACCUGCCAUUCAGAGGAAGGAAAUCCUGCUUAUGUCUUCAGAGAGAUGACACUGACUAACCUUGAGAAAAAUGAAACCCGUCAGCUCACCCAGAUCCAGUAUGUAGCAUGGCCUGAUCAUGGGGUUCCUGAUGAUUCCAGUGACUUCCUGGAUUUUGUGUGUCUUGUACGAAAAAAGAGGGCUGGCAGAGAAGAACCUGUUGUUGUUCAUUGCAGUGCCGGAAUUGGACGUACAGGGGUUCUUAUCACUAUGGAAACAGCAAUGUGUCUCAUUGAGUGCAAUCAGCCUGUUUAUCCAUUAGAUAUUGUGAGAACAAUGAGAGAUCAAAGGGCCAUGAUGAUCCAAACACCUAAUAAAACAGUCGGUGCUCCAUCAAGCUUACAGCCUGAUAGACAAAAUUUGGGAUGGUGUAGAGAUUAUUGAUGGGAAGAAUGACAGUUCCUGGUAGAAGUUUGUGAUGAAGUGGACAAAAAGUGGGAGACUGUUCCAGGCAAAUUGGUCGAUAUGAAUGAAGGUGCAAAGCCAAGAGCAAGUGAAAAAGAUGAAAGGAUCUAUAACAGAAAAGGACUGGGAGGAGUUUUCUGAGCAGGACGACGGACUAGGGAAAAAUGAGAACAGCACCUUAGCACAGUGAGAUUGAUUAGGGAAGUUGGAGUUGGAUCUGAUGUAGUAAAGAAACACUGCUGGAGGCAUUCAAUGAAGGGGGGAGUGGCAAGAGAUAAUUUUAAAUAGCAAUAUUUUGUUUAAACUGGAAUAGGGAGAGAUGAAUGAGAAGGCUGGAUAGGAGGAAGAGUAAUCGCAGUUGAACUCAUGGACAAAGGGUUUGAGCAUUGAAUAUAGUGAGGAAAGCAGAUUUUAAUUAUAUGUGAGAUUAAUAAGUCAUGAGUUAGCAAGAGGCUGCAUAUGGGAGAGGAGAGAAUUUAAAUGUCACUGAUAUUACAAGGCUGGAAGGUAAGAACAGUAGCAUUUGUCACUGGUGAUGGAGAAUGGACAUUGUGAGAGGGAUUAGGUGGAAAAGCAUUCAGUCUUGGGAGCGACUGAAUGGGGCCUUGUGGUAGGAGGUCAUUGUCCAUAAUGCUUCAAUCUUUGUCUUCUGUGAGGUCUGGCAUACCAAUGAGUGCAAAUACAGUGGCAGUUGUGUGGUGUGGACACCUGUCCACUAGAAAGUGAGCUGAAAGCAUUGUGUUUUUGCAAAGAUGAUGCAUCAACUGACCUGCACUUAUGAUCUGGGAACUGCAAAGAAAAGUGAAGUUGAUUAGUUUCUAAAGGUAUUGGGUUUCCCCUUUUCCUCCAGUACAAGUUUUCAAAAUGUGCAUGUAUUUCCUGAUAGUGUACUGUGAGCAAGCAGGCAUCCCUUUCACUCAGUACAGAAUGCAUAAACUGAAUUAGCAUCCAGAAUGCAUCCCCUUUCUGGGAUUUGCCUUCAUUACUCAAAUAAGAUAUAAACGUCAAUCUAAGCUUCCUCCUGUGCUUGCUUUGUUCCUAGCGUUUCCACCUGAAGGUCGCUUCUGUCCUAGCAUCUAGCUCCCUGUCUCCAGAGAGACAUGCCCAAAAACCUAUCCCAGUGUCCUUACAAGACACUGUGUCUCAUCAGAAAUUACUUUGUAACUUUAUACACUUUUCUAACAACCGUGGCAUGAAGACAAGUCAACAGAAGAGCUUUGUUUUGGGCGGUGGUUCCUAUGUAUAUUCCACUGUGGGUGCACAUGUGUUCCAUGCACCUAAGACCAGAAGAUUCUUGCUAGUAGUGUCCGUUGGCCUGUGCCUGUACCCCUCUCCUCAUGCUCCAAAUCAAAAGCGUACUGCACAGCAUGGACCAACCGUCUCUCUAUUUCUGUUCUACCACCUAUGGUCUGAGAUGGAAUUUUUUCAGUGUCCGCAGCGCUGGCAUAGCUUCCUCUGUGUCUAAUUAUAAACAGUGUUUAGAUCAGUUUUUAUAGUUAAGUGUAGUUUUUAGGAGUCAGGGCUGGGGAGCCUUCCUGUACCUCCAUAUGAGGUGAUUAGGAUGUCCAGGAUCCCAGGAUUCAAGAACUGCAUCUCCUGCUCUCUGGCCUUCCUAGUCAGCGACAACCACCUCUACUCACAUCCCAUUGAAGUGUGGCACUUGAGAUCCUUCUCUAGAUUGGAAUCUCCUGAACCUGCUCCAUCAAUGGAUACUUCAAGGCUUGUGCAGUCCUGUCCUCAGCAACCUCCUUGGUAUGACCAAUCCUGAAUUCCUCCCCCGCUUCCUUAUGAACAUCCUCCCACUGGCCAUAUUGGUACCCUUGGGCUGUAUACUGCCAACAGUUUUCCACGGUACCUAGUGCUCUUAGGGAAUGCCAUGGACAGCACUCCCAGAUUCCCUCUGUUCCCCCACAGCAAUUUCCAUUGCAAGAGGAGCAAGAAGCAAGGACUGAUAAGGAGGCUUCUCCUCAGAUGAAUAUUUCAUCAUCCUCUCUGAAUGGAGUAAUUAUGUCCCUUCCUUCUACUGUUAGAUUAUGUCAAACAAUUUCAGAACUUGAUGAAAAGGGCAGCAGAUACUUUUCAAAUACUGUCUGAAGACGACCAAGAGACGGCCUAAGUUGUUGAAUGUUCUUCAUGUACCGUCUUUUGCACAGGUGGUGCUUUCUGUAAAUGAGGUGGUAUUAGAAUCCGCAAAGACAAUUUGGCUGACUCCUGCCACUGAUCCCCCUCCCCCAACAGCUAAGAGAGCAGAGAAAAAGUAUGUUCUGGCUAAGGACUCAGAAUUUUUAUUUUCCAUCCAACCCCUAACUCCUUGGUCAUGGAUCCAGUAAAUGAAUGCAACAGGCAAUACCAUUGCAAGGUUACACAGUUUGAUAAGGACUUUUGGUCCCUUGAUCUCUUUGGUCAUAAAAGUUACUCACCUGCCACCCUGCAGUUCAGAAUUACUGAUCAUCAGGUGAUUCUUGCAAAAGGAUAACUGCAUUAACUAUUCAAAAUGUAAAGCAUAGGGAGCAAUUUUAGGCCCUCAUUGCAGAGGGACAUCUUCUAGUGAGGACAGCUUUACAAGCUUCUCUCAAUGCAGCUGACGCUCCAUCUCCACAGCUGUGGUCAUGCAUUAAGUUUCUUGGUUGCAGGACUCUGGUGAAAUCCAAAACACCACAGAGAACCUUGCCUUUGGUGGGCUUAAAUUAUUCAGCAAGUCCACGGAUGAGUCCCUGCAUUCUCUGAAGGAUUCCAGGGUGACCAUUCACUAGGCAUAGAUAGGCCUGCAAACAAGUCAGUUUCAGCCAUUUCAUAAAUCCUGAUCAGCUCAGUUUCCCAGCUACCAAAGGUGUUGGAGUCACUUAAAAAUAAAUUUAUAAUGCAGAGGGCAAACUACUGCAACCAUUGCACCUGGAUUCAACACAGCAUACAUCAUCUACAAAGCAUUCAUGUUGAUGCCUUAGUUGAGGGCCUCAAGCACCCCCAUGACCUGGAUCUGUUGCUGCACCAUCCUUCCCCAUCCUCCCACCCUUUGGGGAUCAUCUCUCCCAUUUCUGCAACAUAUGGGAGCAGAUGGUCUUUGAGGUUAUAACAUUGGGCUGUUCCAUCCAUUUUCACUCCAUACUCCCCCAUCCCUUUUCAGGGAUCCAUCUCAGAAACCUCUCCAGAGAUGAGGUUUUCUCCCUCAUCCACGUAGGAGCUGUGGAAUCAGUCCCCAGUGAGUACAGAGGAAAGGGAUUUUAUUCCAAGUACUUCCUGGUUCCCAAAAAGACAGGUGGAUGGAGGCCAAUACUAGAUUUCAGGAUGCUGAAUACCUUUGUCAGGGUACAGAGGUUCAAGAUGGUAACAUUGUAGCUAUCAUUCCAUGCCUGGAUCUGGAAGACUACUUGACCUUCAGGACACGUGCUUUGAUGUCACAAUAUAUCCCUAUCACAAGAGAUUCCUAUGCUUUGUUGUAAGUCAGGACACUUAUCAGUAUCAAAUCGUCCCUUUUGGACUCUCUACUGCCCUCAGAGUAUUUACUUCUCAAGCAUGUGGCAACAUGUACCUUUGUCACACUAUACACCCACUUACCACUGCUUUGUUUCCAAAACUGGCUCAGUUUUGCCCCCAACAGAGACACUCUGAACAAGUUGCUCUCUAUCUCCAGCCAUGUACCUGUCUCCCUCGACUGGUGAAAGAAUCUAGACAAGGUGUGCUUAGGAGUUCCCAUCAACCCCUCCCUCCCACUGUCACAGUAGUUUUGGAUGCAUCCCUCCUAAGGUGAGGAGUCCAUUUACAGUACUACACUUAUCCAGGGCAAAUAGUCCACCCAGGAUUCUACCCUUCAUAUCAACAUUCUGGAGUGCAGAGCCGUAAGAUAAGUUUGCCAGCACUUCCUUCCCAUGAUAGGUCAGUCCGUCUGCAAAAUGAAUGACAAUAGUGCCUGCUACAUACUACAUAAAUCGACAAAGGGGAAUGAGAUCCCAUUUCCUCAGCUCAAAGGCAGGUGAUGUAUGGAACCGAUGAGAAGCCCACCCCAGCAGAUUAUCACCAAAUCAACAAGAAGUGAUGCAAUUUUAGACUCGGUUUUGGUAAGUAGUAAGGACAUCACAGAAUAGAUAGUUGUAGGAAAUUACCUUGGAUUGAGUGAUCACAAGUUGAUUCAAUUUAAAUUAAGUGGAAGGAUAAUUAAAGGCAGGUCAUCAAAUAUGGUUUUGUAUUUCAAAAGGGCAGGUUUGGGGAAAGUAAGGGAAUUAGAUGAAGUCAGCUGUGCUGAAGAGCUCAAGGACUUAAAUGUGGAAGAUGCUUGGAAUUUCCUUCAAUUGACUAUACAAAAACUAUCUGAAGUUUGCAUCCCAAGCAAGAGGGAAAAACUUGUAGGGAAAGGCUCCAGGUCCAGCUGAGGGAAUAACUUAUCACAAAAAGGUUAUUAGGAGUAAGCAAAGAGGCUAUAGGAAAUGGAAAAAGGAAUUGAUCAGCAAAGAGAGCUCCCGUGUAGAGGUUAGAAAAUAUAGGAAUAAAGUGAGAAUUACUAAAAGUGAAGCUGAAUUAACUCUUGCCAAGGAAAUUAAAAUGAAUUAGAGGGGUUUUUUUUUAGAGAGAGUGAGAGAGAAAAAUAGGGAAGGAUGAGGCUGGGCCACUAUGCAGUGUGGAUGGGAAGGAAAUGAAAGAUAAUCUAGGUAUGGCCCAAAAACUAAAUGAAUACUUUGCCUCGGUGUUCACUAAGGAUGAUCAUAUGGAACAUAUGCAUGAAAGCAAAAGGGCUGACGGAAAUAGAUGCCUAGACAUGGAAAUUGCCACAUCUGAGGUGCAAGAAAAACUUAGAGCUUAAUGCACUCUAAUCAGGAGAACUGGAUAAUUUCCCAGGGUCUAAUCAUAAGAAUUUCUGCUACAAACUGGGGACUCAUCAGUGGAAAUGACAGAGGAGAGAGACUUGGAUGUGUGGGUUGAUCAAAAGAUGACUAUGAGCCACCAAUGUGAUUCGGCUGAGUAAAAAACAAAUGUGAUUCUAGGAUGUAUCAGAUGAUGCAUUUCCAGUAGGGAUAAAGAAGUAUUAAUGCCACUGUGUAAAGCACUGGUAAAACCUCAUUUGGAAUACUGUGUUCAAGUCAGGUCACCCAUGUUUAAAAAAAGAUUUAAUUUAAACUGGAAAAGGUGCAAAGAAGAGCUACUAGGAUGAUCGGGGAAUGGAGGACCUGUCUUAGGAGACUGGAAGAACUAGGUUUGCUUAGUAGCGCAAAAAAAAAAAAAAAGGGUGAGAAGGGGUAUGAUUGCUGUUGAUAAAUACAUCAGAAAGGUAAAUAGCACGAAGGGAUGAUGAGCUAUUUCAGCUGAAGGACAAUGUUGACACAACAAAUGGAUAUAAACUGGCCGUGAACAAAUUCAGGUUGGAAAUUAGAAGAAGUUUCUAUAACUGGGUUGUUUGUGAUGGUAGCGGGCAGGGCUCAGCCACCCUGGGGCCCACUUCUGGUUUCUGUCUUACAGUUGUAAAAACUUAUGCUUCGGAAUUUCAGUUGGCCACUAGCAGGAGUCAGGAAACGAUUUUCCCUUCUGCCAAUGUAUUUUGCUUUUGUUUUUAAUGUCCUUCCUCUGAAGCAUGGGGGAUGAUCACAACAGGAAAUGGGACAUGUUAGGAUAUAGAUAUUGAGACCUGUCUGUAAAGGCGUAUACUCUAAGAAUUUAGGUGUAUUCUUAUCACUUAGCUAGUUAUAGAGGUAUAAAAAGAAUCAAAAUCACUGUCUGCCGGUGUAAGGUCCUUCUCUUACUGUGACAGUCUGAGGCCCUGUUCUUAGGCUAAGGCCUUUGGCUAAGCAGCAGAGGGAGCCAUAAGCUGGGAAGCGAACGGUCACAUCCUCACAUUCCAAACUAGUCACAAUGACAGAAGGUGCUAUUGGGCUGUUAGGAAUACAGUCCUGUCCUGAUAAUGUCUAUCGCCUCCAGAGAAAGGGAAGUGCCUAGAAAAUGUAAAAGGAAACUUAGUUUGAUAGCAUCCUGCCUGGCAAGAACUCACUUAUCAAUAGCUGGGAUGUAAAAUCCUCACUUCUGUAUUGUUUUGUCAUUAUAGUUCCCACUUUGCUAUUGUUUAUUUGCAUGGUCUCUGGUUCUGUGAUUGUUUCUGUCUGCUGUAUAAUUAAUUUUGCUGGGUGUAAACUAAUUAAGGUGGUGGGAUAUAAUUGGUUACAUAAUCAUGUUAAAAUAUGUUAGGAUUGGUUAAAUUUCAGGGAAAUGGUUGGUUAAGGUAUAGCUAAGCAGAACUCAAGUUUUACUAUAUAGUCUGCAGUCAAUCAGGAAGUG